UGUCAUUUCCCGGAAGAGACAGCCAAGAUUGGGCCAUUCUCUUUAGUGUUUGCCUUGUCUUGCCUUUCCCCCACCUCUUCACUAGAAACAUUUUGAUCCAAAAUCACACGGAAACCCUACACAACUGGCGCAAAAACAAACCAAUACAACACUUAAGCAACGUAUCCAAAUGGAAUAACUAAGAACUGAACAGAAAGAUAACGAGGGAGAGCUUUGCAGUCACUCCUCUCAAAAUCCAAUAAACCCUAAACGUCUAUCGCUGCUGCACUGAAAAGCACCCACCUCAACUCAACCUGAGCUAACCGCCUGACUCACCUAAACCCAACCAGCCAGUAUGUUCCAGUGUCCGGGUAACCCUAUGUCCAGCGCUGCUGCCAGCCCCAUGCAGCAGCUGUCUCAGCCCCAGCCAGGGUACAGCAUCCCCUGUGCCUCGAGUCCCCUGCCCUCUGAGAGCGCCAGUCACCCUCUCCGGAGCUCAGCCCUGCCCUUGGGCUCAGCCACUCCCUUCAGCCCCACCUCCACAGUAUCUAACAUGGCAAACCCUAAAGAGAAGACCCCCAUGUGUCUGGUGAAUGAGUUAGCCCGUUUCAAUAAGAUCCAGCCUGAGUAUAAGCUGCUCUGUGAGCAAGGACCAGCUCACUCCAAGAUCUUCUCAGUGAGGUUAUCGCUAGGGGAUCAGCACUGGGAGGCAGAGGGGACCAGCAUAAAGAAGGCCCAGCACUCUGCAGCUGCCACAGCCUUGGCCCAGACCACAAUGCCCAAACCUAGCAUGAGGAACAAUACCCGCAACAACACAGUAGACUGCAUGACGCAAACGGUGGAGCUGAAUUCCCUCUGUAUGAAGUUAGGGAUGAAGCCUAUGUACAAGCCUAUAGACCCUUACCCCGGGAUGAGACCACCCAGCUUCAACUACAACAUCAGGGCACCGGGGCCUUACCAACGCUCCAUGCAACAGUACUACUACCCGUUUCCCCCAGUGGGGCCGGUGCUGUACCACAUGGAGCUGAACAUCGGGGGCCAGCAGUUCCACGGGAAGGGGCGUACGCGGCAGCUCGCCAAACACGACGCCGCCUCCAAGGCCCUGAAGACUCUGCAGAAGGAGCCCAUACUGCUGCAGCAGCUGCCUGAGAUGAAUGGAGAAGAUACUGAAGAGAACCUCAACAAAUCAGAAAUCAGCCAGGUGUUUGAGAUCGCACUGAAGAGGAACAUGCCUGUCAACUUUGAGGUUCUGAAGGAGGCAGGUCCUCCCCACAUGAAGAGCUUCAUGGUGCGUGUGGCGGUGGGGGAGUUCUGUGGAGAGGGCGAGGGCAAGAGUAAGAAGAUCGCUAAGAAGCUGGCAGCUACAGCCGUGCUGGAGGAACUGAGGAGACUGCCCCAGCUGAUCCCCUGCGUGGAAAAGAUGCAGCCAGCACGCAUCAAGAAGAAGACCAAGUCCAUCAUUAAGCUGCAGACCAGUCCAGAAUAUGGCCAGGGCAUGAACCCCAUCAGCAGACUGGCUCAGAUCCAGCAGGCUAAGAAAGAGAAGGAACCAGAGUACAACAUGCUGACAGAGAGGGGGCUGCCCAGACGCAGGGAGUUUGUUAUGCAGGUGACGGUGUGUGGUCAGUGUGCGGAGGGCUUGGGCCCCAGUAAGAAGGUAGCGAAGAAGAACGCAGCAGAGAAGAUGCUGGAGCUUCUAGGUUUCAAAGUGCCUCAGCCGCAGCCCCACAAACCUGCGCUCAAAACGGACGAAAAGGUUCCACUGAAGAAAAAUGGAGAUGGGAGGAAAGUGACCUUCUUUGAGCCAGGCUCUGUGGAAGAGAGCCAGUCGCUGGGUUCCAAGGAGGAGGACUACCGCCUGCCCUUCCUCAGCCACCAGCAGCUCCCAGCAGGCAUUCUGCUCAUGGUGCCCGAGGUGGCCCAGGCUGUAGGGGCCAGCCCUAGCCAGGGGCACCAGAACAAGGACUACGGUCCCCGGGCCAACCCUGCCAAGGCCACCUUGACGGCCAUCAUCGCCAAUGAGCUGCUGUACGCUGGUGCCUCCCUGACCGCCGAGACCAUUCUGAAGAGCCAGAACAGUGUGGGUCAUCUAGUACCCCAUGGACCCCUGACCAGACCCUCUGAACUGCUCAGCUACCUGGCCAAUGUACAGGGACUGCAGGUGGAAUACAAAGACUUCCCCAAAAACAACAAGAAUGAAUUUGUAUCGCUGAUCAACUGCUCCUCCCAGCCCCCCCUCAUCAGCCACGGCAUUGGCAAGGACGUGGAGUCCUGUCACGACAUGGCUGCCUUGAAUAUCCUGAAGAUUCUGUCAGAGCUGGACCAGCACCAGCAGCAGACCAAUGACAGGGCAGGGAACGCACCACUCUCUGGGUGUGGUAAACAGGACAUGGAGGGCAGUGACUCUCUCCUCAUCAAACAGGCUAACUCAAGCACCUUGGGACAACAGACUCUGGAUGGCACUGUCUAGACAGACGCACACCAUUGGUUGUUUGAAAGAAGCACUAAAAGAAAACGAACACUGUUCUGAUAGGCUGUUUUAGAUUUCUACAGGAAGCUGAGGGCAACCAUCACUAGUGUUCAUAUUGUAUGAAAUGUUCAGUUAAACAAGAUUGAUAGAAGAAAAAUUACAUUUAUUUCCUCCUCCUUGAUUUUGUUUAAUUGUGCACAUUAUUCAUUAUUUUUUUGUUGCUUUAUAGAAACAAAUUUGCUCCAUCAUAGCCAUCAUAGCCAUAUGUUGAGAUAAGAUGGAAUAAUGUUAAUAUGAUAACUGUGAAAAUCAACUUUUGAGAAGAAGCGUUUUGUCUAUUUUUCCCUUUUUUUAUGUUAAUGAGAUCUUUCUCUUAUUUUUAAAUGUUGUUUAAGUCUUCAUUGACCCUGGAAUUAUUGGAGGGUUGUUAACAGACCUGGGUUAAAAAACAAGUGAAAUCUUUCAAAUACGCGGAGAGUUUGCUUUAUGAGUGCCAGAUGGGCGGAGUUUGCCAUUUUGCCUGGAGAAAUGGAAUAAUCAAACCCAGCUAAAGUAUUUGAAAUUAUUUAAAAUAGCUUUUUAACCCAGGUCUGGUUGUUACAAUAGUGUUUACUUGUGAAGUAUGGGACCCCAUAGAAGGAUAGGAUGCAGCUAGCGAACCACUGUUGAUUUUCCUAGAGUGCUUUAUAACAACAACCACCGCAAGUGAACAGUGUUUAUCUACAUUACCAUGUAGAGCUGCAAAGGUUUUGUGACUAAGUAUAGCGUGUGUGAUGUCCUGUGAUUUUGUCUGUCCCCACUGUCAGAGGCGUCGGGGCAGUAUAAGUCUGUGUUGCGUACGGUCCUAGCACGAUAUCCCCCCUCUCUCCCCUUGUUGUCAAACCACCUCUCUGCUCCCCAUGAAAUGUAAGUAAAACUUAUGCUAUCACGCACAAAACAAAA